AUGCCCUUCUCACUAAUCGAAUUACUCAGAAAACGCUAUCUAGAUACAAUCCAAUCCGUCAAACCGACCAACGGGCGCUGGAAGAUCCUCGUACUCGAUAAACACUCCCAAUCUCUGAUCUAUGGCGUCUUGAAGACUUUCGAGAUUUUGGAACUAGGCGUCCAACAAAUCGACUUGAUUGAAAACAACCGAAACCCAUCCCCAAAUCUUGAUGCUAUCUACAUCCUCGCCCCUACUGCCCAGAAUGUCGAUCGAAUCAUCUCCGACUUCGCUCCUCCCGGUGGUUCCAGUAGGAAAGGCUCUCCAAAUGUCUCAAACACUUAUGCUGGUGCACACAUGUUCUUUGUUGAUGCGUUGGACGAUCUACUAGUCAAUCGCCUCACGAGCUCACCCGCUUCCCCUUUCUUGAGACAAUUGAUUGAAUUGUUCACAAACAUUUCGGCUGAUGAACCUCAGGUCUACACGCUCCGACCUCCCAAUCCACGCAGUCUAAUCACUUUAUAUGGCCCGCCCCCUCGAUCUCCUCGUGACGCUCUGGAGGCCUGGGAAGACGAAGUCUGCUGGAUGAGCAAAUCGUUGAUCAACUUGUUUGCUACCUUAGGAGAGAAACCAUAUAUUCGGUAUUACAAUCCCUCCUCGGCCCCACUAGGACCUGCUGCUAUGGCUCAAGAGCAUCUUUGUAAAAGCCUGGCGGCCUCUCUCGAAAAGGAUCUAGAAGCUUACUGCGACUCGAAUGAAGAAUUUCCGCCCGUUGUCGAUCCUCCUAGACCACGUGGAACCAUGUUCAUUGUAGAACGGGCCAUGGACCUAUUUUCCCCUCUAUUACACGAAUUUACCUACCAGAGCAUGUGUCAUGAUCUGUUAGAGAUCACGGAUGGAAAUAAAUACUGUCAUUCAUACCGAGAUCAAUCCGGAGAAAUCGAAGAGAAAGAACACACAUUGGGUGAAGAGGAUAAAGUCUGGGUGGAAGUUCGACAUAUGCACAUGAAGGACGCACUUGAUAAGUUAAUAAAUGACUUCAAAAAUUACGCAUCUGAACAUGGUCAUCUUGCCAAUGGGAGCAGCUUGAACGAUAUGAAAGACAUGUUGGCUAGCCUACCGCACUUGAAAGAGAGCAAGGAGAAACUAUCUCUUCAUUUGAAUAUGGCCGAGACAUGCAUGGAGCUGUUUGAGAAGCGCCAACUAAUGAACAUAGCCUCUGUUGAACAGUGCUGCUCAACUGGCAUGACAGCCGAGGGGAGGACCCCCAAAACAAUUGUGGAGGAAAUGGUACCCCUAUUAGACGAUCGUGCAAUCAGCACAUCGGACAAACUGCGGAUUGUUGCGCUGUAUGUACUCUAUCGAGACGGUGUUCCGGACGAGGAUCGCCGACGACUAUACCAGCAUGCAAGGCUGGCCUUACAUGAAAUGGACGCGGUGAACAACAUGGUCUUCCUUGGAGCCAAUGUCACCAAGGACAGCGGAAAGAAGAGGAAAGCGCUAUUCAAGCAACCGCUCGAUGAAAAUGCUUAUGAUAUCUCGCGUUUCCAGCCCCUUAUCAAACUGAUGCUGCAGGAUGCCGUAACGGGCAAGUUGGACCAAACUGUCUUCCCAUAUAUGGGUGACAAUCCUGCCACUAGCGCUCUCAAUGGUAGUGGUGUGGCUGCUGGUGGAGGUGCCCCGACAUCCUUGCGGAGUGCAAAACCUAGCUGGCAACGACCAAGAUCAAAAGUAGCCCCUGCGAACCGUGAGCGGCUUAUGGUCUUCGUGGCCGGCGGCUUGACAUAUGCAGAAGUUCGAGCGGCAUACGAAAUUUCAGAAGCACACUCUAAGGAUGUCAUUAUUGGUUCGACCCAUAUUUGCACGCCAAAGAAAUACAUUGCCGAUCUGGCGAAUUUGGACCGAGGUGGAUCUAGUCAAGGAUUGGGAGCGCCAGUCUUGGACAGCAAAUCUUCGUCUCGACCCUCGAAGCCCAAACCGGUCGAGCCACGUGACCGAUUGAAAGCCGCUGACACCCGAUAUGCACACGAGAAUAGCCAUUCCGGCCCUCCGGCACCCGUGGCCCCUCCCUCAAGAAGGGAUUACCCUGCCGCUCCUCCAUCAAACCACCGUCCGCCUUUAAGUACUUCCAACCUCCUCCCCGUCCCUUCCCCCGUCCCCUCUAGCAUCGGCCGUAGUCCCAUGUCUUCUCCUGCCAUCGGCUCAAACGCUUCUAUCAACUCAGGUGUGGUCGAAAAAGAUAAGAAAAAGGGAUUCUUUGGGAGGAUCAAGAAGUGA